AUGGGUCUUCUCAACUCGGCGGACAAGGAGAAAAUCAAGCGAGUGGUGCCGAAAAACACCAACAAGGUGAUUGACUGCACCAUCGCACGUCUCUACAUUGCCUACCCGGACCCUGAUAACUGGCAGUACACCGGGCUGUCUGGAGCGCUAGCUCUGGUGGACGAUCUUGUGGGCCACACUCUGUUUCUGAAGCUCAUUGACAUCCACGGGUCGCGAGGCGUGCUCUGGGACCAGGAGCUGUAUGUUGGCGUCAACUACUUCCAGGACAGAACGUUUUUUCACUCGGUGGAGCUGGAGGACUGUUUUGCAGGCUUUCUGUUUGAAGACGAGUCCGAGGCCGCUCACCUGUUCAAGCGGAUCCAAAACAGAGAAAAGUACGCCAGCAAGGAUACGGUCAAAAACAAGAACGCCAUUGCGCUGAAAAAGGCCGCUCCAGCAGAAAAGGCUGCCGUGGGACCCAGAGGAGAACCCCGUACUCGACUGGGAUACUCGGGACCCGUCUACUACGACGACGAGCCGCCGGAAGAAUGGCGAGCGCUGUACAGAGAGUUGGAGGAGCAGGGAAUCACUCCGGAGAUGAUUGCCGAUAACACCGAGUUCAUCAAGGAACACAUUCGACAGACGGGAGGUCCUCUGGUGGGUCUGGAACCUCCAAUCCCUCGAAACAGAGGCCGGGGACGAAGCACGAGUAAUGCCACUUCUUCUUCGGCUGAUACCAAUGCCCGAAAACCCCCACCGCCUCCUCCCCCAGCUGCUGCUGCUGAAUCAACCCAAAACAACGACAGAAGAGCAGCUCCUCCUCCCCCGCCGGCCUCGGCUCCCCCUAGCUACUCUAGCACUCCAGAGCCCGACUUGCCGGCCACCCCUGCUGCUCCCUCCGACCCACCAGCUGCUGUAGCACCCCCCAGACGGUUCAAUGUGCCGCCUCCCCCAUCUUUCAUGGGCAAAAACGCAGGUGCUCCGCCUCCUGCGGCAACUCCAGCCUCUCCAACAGCAGCAGCAGCCCCACCAGCGCUUCCAGGACGGUCGCUGCCGCCGUCGCUGCCCUCUCGUGGUUCGCCAGCGCCCCCUGCACUACCAGGACGAUCGGUGCCUCCUCCUCCAGAACUUCCUGGACGAGCUGUGCCUGCCCCUCCCCCCUCUCUGCCGGCACGAGGAGGAACCCCGGCAGCAGGAGGACCCCCUCCCCCUCCUCCACCCAGAGACGGAGCCACUCCUCUAUCGAGACCUCCUCCUCCUCCCUCCAGAUCGGCCAUUCCGCCCCCUGCUGCUGCCCCAACUGCAUACACACCCCCUCCCCCUCCUGCAGCAGCUUCUCCAGCGGCAGCUCAGAGCUCAUACACUCCUCCUCCUCCUCCUCCGCCCCCGGCCUCGUCGAGACCUGUUCCUGGAGUUCCUGGAGGUGUGCCCCCUCCUCCUCCCCCUCCGCCCCCCGGCCCUGGACCUGCUGCAGCUGGUGGACCUCCUCCACCCCCUCCGCCUCCUCCUGGUGCUGCUCCCUCUUUUGGAAGUGCUGCUCCCCCUCCUCCCCCCGGUCCUCCCCCAGCCAUGUCUGGAGGUCCUCCUCCCCCUCCACCCCCUCCUGGAGACUUUGGAGUCACUCCUGGUCCUCCUCCUCCUCCUACCGGAGACGCUGGUCGAGACGCGCUGCUGUCGUCUAUCACAGCUGCUGGUGGAAUCGGCUCUCUUAAGAAGGUGGACAAGUCGCAACUUGAUAGACCUUCGGUCAUGCUGCAGGAGGCUCGUGGAGAGAGCCCUACCAUUCCUUCGGCUGCCCCGGGAGCUCCUGGCGGUGGCAACUCGCUGGCAGACGCCCUGGCCUCGGCUCUUAAUAAACGAAAGGGCCAGGUCAGUAAGUCUGACGACGAGUCCGACGGUGAUGACUGGUAG